GCCAGCAGCGCGGCGUGAUAUCUCUCGCCCUGCGAGAGUGGUGGUGGGGGCUACGUCCAUGCUACUUCGGUUGAACUCGUAAACCCGUUAUAUAUAGGAAACAAGUUUAACGCGAUUAAAUUCGCGUUAACAUGGGCGGCAUAUGGAGCAGGCAGAAUGUCCGGGUUGAAGAGGUGGACUUUGCCGCCAACUGUGCCUAUAGGUAUCCGCCAAAAACUGGCAACUAUUUCGCGAGCCACUUCAUCAUGGGCGGUGAACGGUUUGACGCCAGUCAGCCGGAGGCGUACCUGUUCGGCGAAAACACCGACCUGAACUUCCUCGGAGGCAAGCCGACGCCCUUCCCGUACCCAGCGCCACAGGCCAACGAGCCCACAAGGCCUCUACGAAGUCUCGUCAACAUUCGGAAGGAAUCGUUGCGUUUUGUCAGAAUCCAAGAAGAAUCCAAGGCGGACGAUGAACUGACAGAGGCGGCCCCGCCAUGCCGGUACAACAUCGAGUUCACAUUCGACACGGACGUUCGGUGUGCCAUCACCAUCCACUACUUCUGUACAGAGGAAAUCACCAGCAAUGGACUUAUUUAUAGCCCGAGAAACGCGGAGAUGAGUUCAGAGACAUACCACUACAAACGCGGUGCCAAUCAGCAGUUCAGCCAGUCGUCCCACAUUUUUGAUCCAAGUCUUUACUGUGAGGAAGAGCUGACCUACAACUUCGAGGAUGAAAUUCUGCCAGUUGUGAUCCACUGCCUGGCGGAGGAAGGUGAUGAGCCGCGGCAGUCGCACGUGUUGGUUGCCGUGGUGGAGAAGAACUCUGACAACACGUACACGCUCAAGCCACUCAAGCAGAAGCUCUUUGUCGACGGCCUCUGCUAUCUGCUGCAGGAAAUCUACGGCAUUGAGAACAAGAACGUGGCCCAGACCAAGCCCCCGACCGGAGACGAGGAGACGGAGGACAGUGGCGCCGAGUGCGUCAUCUGCAUGUGCGACAGUCGGGACACCCUGAUCCUGCCGUGCCGCCACCUGUGCCUGUGCUCGUGCUGCGCCGACUCGCUGCGCUAUCAGGCCAACAACUGCCCCAUCUGCCGUGCCCCCUUCCGCGCCCUGCUCCAGGUGCGCGCAGUGCGUCGCACGCUCUCCUCGGCCGUUGCCGUGCCGCACCUCGCGGGUUCAGCCGGAGAUGCCCAGACCUGCCAAGACAUUCCGCCAGGUUACGAAGUUGUGCCACUUGUGGAGGCCCUCAAUGGACCGGUCGUAAGCUCUGCGCCGGCCGCCGCAAUGCACCUGACUGUAGGCCUGCCGCCCGAAGCUGGAACACCUGAGGGGCCAGCAGCCAAGCCUCGUAGGAGUGGAAGGCGGCGUUCAGGCAGCACUUCGUCGUUGCAGACGGACAGCGCCGGAGCUGUGGCACCUCCAGAGGUUGUGGUGGCAGCGGUUGUUUCUUCGGACCCCGAGAAGGGACGCGCAGUGUCCCCGCUCGGUCCAGACGUCCGCUGGCACCGACGGAGUUCCUCACGCGCAGCGCCGGAGCAAGUUCGUCUGCUCUCGGAGUCAUCGGAGAGUUCCGCUAGUCGUCGAAAGGAGAACCUCUUGUUGGGCAAGCUGGUCAGACAGGAGAGAAGACGAAUUCAGGCGCACAACGAACACAGGCGAACACAGUUACGGGGUCGAGAGGCAGAGGCAGCGGAAACACGCUCGCUGCUCGAAGGAAACGGAGGCGCCGAGUCUCGGAGCCAGGCAGUGACUUCACCAUCGGCACACGGAAAGCAACACACGGUGUCUGCUUCGACGCCGCACUCGCUACACCUUUGCCAGGCCAGGCCAGACAAAGAGAACAAGGCUACGGACACUUCCCCAGGAGCAGAGGACUCUGACUACUACACCCCCGAAGACCCAGCCGUGCAGGAGGGCGGUCACUUCCUGGUCGAUCAAGGGACUGACACCAGCUUAGACACACCACUAGCAGAGACCCCCAGCGCCGAGAGCUCGUCGGGAACGGCAGUGCCGACGCCGUCGAGCGGCAGCAACAGUGCCAAGAACUCGCCGGACGCUAUGGCGCUGCGCCGGCGGCGAGCCUUCGACGACCGAUGCUCGCCAGUGCAUGAGGAGGAGCGCCCCAUCGAGCUGGUGGAGGUCAAGAAGGUCACCACGCCGCUGGCGCCCACAGGGACCACGACGUUCGAGGCACGCACACAGACGACGUCGCCCUCCCGCCCCUCCGCCAGCGGUAGCGUCGGCCAUGUCGAGACUAGCAUCUCUCUGCCGGGCACUCCCGCUAGCAACGCCAGCAAUCGCAGCAGCGGCGACAGCUGCAGCAGUGGUUCGAGCACGCGCCUGCUGCUGUCUGGACGACACGCCUCCUCUCAACCUCCGAGCAAGACCACCAGUGGCAGCGUGGACUGAUGACAACUGCACAGAAAGAAAAGAAAGAAAAAGAAGACAGAAGACAAAAGAAAGUCAAAGGAAAACAAAAGAGAAUGGAAAAGGAAAGAGAAGUUCCGAGUUCCGCAGAGGGCAAGCCAGAUCUGCGAGUUCGCGUUGCUGGAAGAAAAGGAGAAGUGCCGUCAUGGUGCACGAGUUGCCGAAUUGCCAAUGCUUGCCUUUGCCAAGAAGUACCAGUAGUUCCCGCACACUCGUGAGGAGGCGGGCCAUAUACUUCGAGGUGCACCACUUGCAUUGCGCGCCACAUGGCGCUAAGCCUAAUAUAGGCUUAGCACUUUAGGCUUACAUGCUGUCUAAAAAGGGAGAAAAAUUGCAGUCGUGAAAUACGAACAUUUGGAAGAGAAGGCAAGGCUGGGCAGUGUGCUUAUACGUGAAUUCACUCUCUUUUUGUGAAGCAUGCGCAGGAAAUGGGCUUCGCUCUGUGCUUUAGUUCAUUCGUUAUUGCCUUUCGCUGUUAAAUUUGGUCGCAACUGCCAUCAUCGCAGGCUAUGGGAGGUGAAGGGAAGGGUCGGUGUGAGGUGCAAGUCUGCUUGAGUCUACGAUCAAUGGAGCGGCUAGGGCAAAAGCGCAGCGAAGUGCUUUUGCGUGCUUCUUAAUUGCCUUCGGCUACAAAUCAAUCGUGGCCGUUACCUAGUGUUGAGGUGGAAUACAAGACUGGUGGCUGGUCUGAGUAAAAUACAUAUAGCUGGUCUCUCUACACAACGUGUCUGGAAAGGUGUAGCUAAGUGAUUUUGUUUAUUUGUAAUCUGUGGCUAUAGUUCAAGCAGCGAUCUGAAAUGGAAUGCAGCUGGCAUGACUAUCAUACACUGUGUUCAAAGAGUUUGUGCAGAGCCGUAGCUUUGUUUGUGUUUUUCAACUUACUAUGCCUUUGAAGCGUUAAUACGAAACAGCUGCAUUGUGGUAUUUAGCUUGGCCAAGUUUAGGACCUGGCUCCACGAGUUCACUCAGCAUUUCAAGUGCUGGAUAUACAGCCAGCUUUGUCAAUCCUUGUUUUUUUUUUUUUUCAAGAGCACUGAUAUGAAAUGUAGUUGGUUCAUAAUUCUUUAUACGCAACAUAACGAGCAACUGAUUAUUGGGGAAGUUGGUUUUUUUACCAGAAAGAAGAAAAUAUGCUUGGCUUGCGCUCUAAGGUUAGUAGUAAAGAUUCGUAAAUGCAAAGCUGAUAAGCAGUGAGGUAUUGGCAGCUUAACCAAGAAAUUCACUCAACGUUGGCCUAAGGCUAUGCACCGGUGUUUCACGGGGAUAAAUUUUGCUGCAGGCAGACUUAUUUUAUGGAUUCUCAGUUCUGAUAGUGAUAUGGUAUCUGAACUGCCAACAAGUUCGUCUGGUGCAUUUUGUUUGCCUCUCUUUUACACUUACUUGGAAUAGUUCAAAGUUCUCGCGUACAGCAGAAUUAAAAGACUUCAUUUUGCACGCAUUUAGCUCAACCUUACCUGUUGGAUCCACACGACUCUGUUCUAGAUCUUGGGCUUCAACUUUUUCUUACCCCAGGGAAUUAUAUCCAUGCAUAAAAUUUACAUGCAUAGCCUGAAUCUUGUGUCUCGUGAGCUUGCAGAAAGCCUGCUCAUUUUGACACUGUCUUUUAGAAGGCCAUCAUUUUCAUUGUAAACGGGAAUGCCAUUUAGUUUCUUGGUUUGUGCAAAUUUCAAAUCGUUUUGACCUCGUUCAUACGUUUUUGAGAAAAAAACGUACUGACCGGGAAAACGUAUGGUCCAAAGUCACUAAAAAUUUGGCAGGCUUAACUUAGUUGACAUCUAUGUAAUGCGAAGCGUAGUGUGAAUUGUUGCAGCACAAGAUGCUGGCGCACGUCGAGCUGGUGGAGGCAAAGAGGCCCGAGAGGCUCAUUGUCAUUUUCGCGGCUUCGGCAAGCUUACGUUCACGUUCCUAGAAAUCGUGUGUAGGUCGGCAGCUUUUUCGAGUGGGGCAAUUUGGCGGGAAUUUCUGACGCGCUCACUCGCGGCGAAUCGUUGCGGCAUGAGACGCAGAUGCCCGGGGAACUGGUAGCACCCAAGCGACCGUUGCCGUUCAGUCGCGUUUUCCUUUGUGAAACCAAAACGAAAUCCAGCUGGUGGACAAUGCUGGCAUACGAUGCCGCCUGAGCAAAAAACGUGACGCUCACUUCGCAUCGCCUGCAGCGGGGAAUGGCAGUGCGUUUGGGUUAUCAACUCUUAAAAGUGUGCAGUACACUUCCGACGGCACUAUAUUACGUGCACUGUGGAACAGAUAGGUGAAGAUGCUUAUCGCGAUAGGGUUGGCGGCUAUGUGGGAGGAGAUGUGCUGGUACCGGCAUAGGAAGCGUAGUGCGCGCCGUCGUUUUUAUGUGGCACGGGUGGGCAAGUACCAUUCUCAAUCACAUGCGCCUCUUGCCUCUUCUUGCUUAACAUAUCUAGUGGGCAGAAAACGUAUCAUACGAUCGCAGUUUGGCAGUGCACUGAAAGUUGUCGCCGAAAGAUUGCGUUCUCUGGGAACACAUGAACGGGUAAAAAAGAAGCGUAGUUGUAUUGGGUCAUUUUUUUGUGUUCUCGAUUGUGAAGGUCGGCACCGGGAAAUCGUACGUAGUGGGAUUUUAUCAGUGAGGUUCUACUGUAAUGUUUUGCACUACUGGGUUAGGUCACAUGGCCAUCAUUCCGUGAUUUAUGCUAACAGGUUGACGUCAUGUUUAUUUGGUUCUGACAUAAUUUAUAUGAAGUCAGGUUAUUGUAUGCUUUCAGACAAAGACACACAGUUCCCAACAGAAUCGGCGUGUUCUUGUGGUCAGGACCACUUUCGAAUCUCUUUUAUGUUAAACUGAACACGGCGUGGCACACUUCAGAGAUGAUAAAGUGCUAUUGUGGUGUUGCGACAAUGGUGUCACGCGGCUUGUUCAGAAUUGAGUCUCCACAUAUUUUGAAAUCCAGCAGGAGGAGAGACCGUUUUCAUUGUUGCAUUAACCAUCUACAAUUUAAGGGGCCCUGAACCACCCCUCAGGCUUGGUGAAAUAACGUAGUCCGCGGGUAGCAUACGCUGUUGUAAUCAUCUCAGCCAAGUUCUGCUGUCGUACGCGGUCCGUGGAGCUCAUAAGCGGAAUGCGAAGUCACCUUUCUUUCAAACACUCUCGUUUCAAAAGACCCAAUGAUCCUUGCUCUUUUCUGUGUGCUUUAUUUCGUACCAAAGCACACUCCAAUACACGGCUGCUAUUGGUCGCUGUGGUCGGCUACACUGCAGCCGCCACGAGGUGCCACCACAAGUCCAGUGGCUAAGUGCACUGCGGCUCGCUGAGGGCAACCGCGUUUGGCUUACAUUUAGCGCUUCUUAGGCACGAAAAUCGGAAGUCCAAAAUGAAAUUUGAACUGCGCGCCACGGUAGCCUUCGCAGUGCAAGGCAUUGAAGGAGGAUGGGGAGCACAGCGGAGGCCGUGUUUCUCCGCUUCUGCUGACUGCAUUGAAGUACUUUUUGCCACAAAGUGAUUCUGAAAUAGCCUAUUUUCACUUCAAAUGUAUUUCUCCACUUCGAUAAAAAGUGGUUCAGGGCCCCUUUAAAGAGAUUCUUAAUGAAAGCAUAAAUAAGUUUACGAAAUAUUGCAGUCAUAUGCCUUCAUUGCCAGUUACAAUCGAAUGCGGUUAUAAUGAGCAAGCUUAUCCACUGGAAAUAUAUAUAUAUAUAUAUAUAUAUCAGUGAAGAAAAGAAGCCAGUAAUGAAUCCACUUAUUGAAAACAAAACUACACAUAGUAUGUAGGAGUCAUUGCCUGUGCCCUAAAGUGUUCCGAGUCGCAAAGAAUGGCGUUCUCAGCAUGUGCAUUUGAGUAGACCAGCUUUAGUGCGCUUCCCUCAAUGAUGGCCUGUACCAUCGCCACACAUCCACUGCAAAAGUACAUCCUGAAACGUCGUGCAAGGCAACUCCACAUUUCGCAGCAGACGCCCCAAGUUUAAUGUAUGCAUCCAAUGUCCAGUUCGUUACGAGAGAGUGGUUUUACAUGAGCAUUGUAAGUUUAGCAUGUUCGAUAUAGAAAAUACAAUUAUAUUUAUCCAGAUUUGUUCUGUUCAGGUUCAGUUGUAGUUCUGCGUUAAAAUCUUUUAAGACUCGGCCGACGACAGUGGGGCCCAGCAGAGCAUGACCUCAAGAUCUCGGGCACAGUACGCAGUGCCCGAAAUGACGUAUGGCUGCCCAUUUUUCGCAGCAAGUCUGUUGUUGCCUGCAGGUUGCGGCGUCUUCACUUGCGAGCCAACUACGUCAGUUGUUUGGCAUCAAAGCAGUGCUGAAAGAUUUUCAGAGCUGUAAUUUUAUCACCUGCGAUAGACUUAACAGUCGCUUUUAGUGUUCAUUUUUCUUUUCGGAGUUUGCAAGAUAUGUAAGCAGUAGGUCUUGCUGCGCUUCUGGUCCACAAAUAAUUGCUCUGCAAAAGCAGGGACUGUACAAAUGCUUUUAAGUGUGCAUACAGUGUGCCUCUAGAAGGCUGUUUUAGUUUUGUUUUGUCUUUAAUUGGUCAAUGCUUCUGACAUUCAUUACCUCGAUGCAUUAACUACACGGUGUGCUCGGAAGCUCCAUCUGGCCUGCAAUAGUUAUGGCUUGUAAAAGGAUGCUGUAGAACUUUGCCCAAAAAGUAAGCCAGCCUUUAUGUAAGGCCACCAACUUGUUUACAAACACGUGGUUGCACAACAGUUUUGAGAGUGCUGCAACAUAACCAGAACUCUCCGGAAGUAUUGUGUUGCGUGUGCGUGGUGGUGCAACAUCUGCAGGUACUUUGGACCAACUGAUUCCUGCUACGACUUCAGAAAAAUCCGGGGGUGUUAAGUGUUUCUCGGACUGUGCUUCAACUUUUGUGUCCUUGCUGGAGUACUGUGGUGUUUUGCAUUGUGGAAAGUUGUAUAGGAUUAAAAAUAUUGAGUCACUAA